AUGUCUCCUGAGAUCUCUUAUUUUUUUUUGGUUCAGCUUGAGAUAGCGGAGGUCUCGGAAUCUUUGAUAGCCCUGGAACCCACUCUCUCGGAAAGCUUGGUGACGCUAGGACGGCCCCUCACUAAGAACAAACAGAAAGUAUUUUUUAUUCAUUUCGGAUCUAGCUUAUACAGGAAAAAGUUAUACUUUGCCGUCGAGAAUAUUUUAAAAAUUGAUUGAUUUUUUUGCUGAUUUAUCAGGUAAUAUUCUAAAUGUUUCAGCCUGCACAAAUUUCAGGUUAUUGAGAAAUGACACAUUAAAUUACACAGAUUUAAAAAAAUCGAAAUCCGUCGAUACAAGCAAUUCGCUGCAUUUUUUUUCUAAAAAACUGGCUCCUUGAAAAAGUUCUAUCUUAUCCCUAGGAUAUUUUUCUUUUUCACAUAAUUGAGCAAAAGGUUUUUUAAUCAGUACUUUGAAAUUAUUGAUACGACAAACGAAUGAUAAUUUUCUAACAAAAUUUCCGGUCUACAGUCUUUCAACCGUACAUAAUCUUCUUUUCAAAAAGCCGUUUACAAAACGAUAAAACAGUAUGACAAAGAAGUUAUUGCGCGAAUUGUAAGUAGCAUAGAAACGGACGGAGCUACGAACGUAAUAGAGGAUAAGGUACUUUUUUUUUGGAGAGAUCAUUAUGUUUUUCAUUUUACCCUUUUUUUCAGCCUCUUCGAAAAUGCCGCCAAACGAAGAGCCGUAAAGCGAUUGCGACAGCGCUUCACGCUACCACAACAACGUUACACGGAGCUGCGACAAGAAGCCGCAAAACUGCUGCAACUGGAAACUUGGCUUCUGCAAGAACACGCCAAGCAUCGACGAUCACCCGCCACUUCCUUCAUAAGGUAUUUUUUUCACUUUGAACAGAACUAAUUCAAAAAAAUGAAACGGUAAAACCAGUGGAUAUCCGUUUCAAUACCGGUUUUAUUUUUUGAAUAAAUUCAGCCAGAAAAUGAUAUCGAAGGAAAUAUAACUCGAAGAACAGCUAUAUGAAUUAAAGUAAUACCCAGUCGCCAUCGCGGGGAGCCACGAAACAAAAAGGAUUUGGGUUUCCCCGGAGUUUUUUCAAAGUUUAAUCUAGCUGAACUCUACAAAAGUUUGAAAAAUCAACUCAUCAAAAAUUUUUUCACUGAAAAACAUAUUCCCCAAACUGUGCCUGACUGAAAAUUAAUUAUGAAAAUAAGCUUCAGAAAUCAUAUUUUGAUUAACUCAAUUUUUAAUUUUUGAGGCCUCAAUAACUCUAGUGAAGCUUAUAAUGAAAGAAUCAAGUUUUUUUGGCACACAAUUUUGGGAAUAUGUUUUUCAGUGAAAAAUUUUCGAUGAGUUGAAUUUUCAAACUUUGUUGAGUUCAGGUAGAUAAAUUUUGAAAAAUUGCGAAAACCCAAAUCCUUUUGUUCUUCCCCGAUCAACUGGAAAUUUCCAGAUUUUGUUGGCAUCCGCAGGGAUGCCUUUGAUAUAUUGA